GAGGAUUAGAGUCUUAAAGCAAUAGGAGGGUGGACACACAGCUUGCCACACAGCGGUAACACCUUAAAAACAAAAAAGAGGAAACACUAGGACAGAAGGCUUGCGUAGUUAUUUUCUGGUGUGUGGAAUCUCCGGGGGUUAAAGAAGGAAGUGCAGUACAGUGUAGUGUAGAGACUGUGUGUCUGUUACUGAACCAUACACACGCGUCCUCGCGCUCGAACAUCCACACAAUUUGAAGAUGCAACCUAAAAGAGUGUUUCCGAGGCAGGAGUCCCUCCUUCUCCCCGCCGUCAUCAAUCCCUUCCACUUGGACCUCAGAUUAACCAAACGCGACAAAAUCAAAUGUUUUCUUCUGGGAAUCAUUCUGGUGCCACUGCGUUCUGUCUUCCUCUUCCUGGUUCUUAUGGUAGCAUGGCUCGUUUCUACCCUAAUUACAUUCAAGUGUCCUCUCAAAGGUGAGGUGGAACCUUUCACGGGCUGGAGAAGCUUUUUGUGUCACAGAGUAUUGGUGUUUCUGGGCCGACUGUGUUUCUUCGCAAUGGGCUUUCGUGUCAAAGUCAAGGGGAAACAAGCAAGCAGCAGCGAGGCUCCAAUUUUGGUCGUGGCACCUCAUUCUUCAUUCUUUGACUCUAUUACAUGCAUUGUAUCAGGUUUGCCAUCUGUAGUGUCCCGUACUGAGAAUCUACUUCCUCUAAUGUUUGGCCGAUUCACGCGGUGCCUGCAGCCUGUCGUUGUCUCACGAGAAGAUCCGGACUCACGCAAAAACACAUUUACAAAUAUCAGAAACCGGGCCAGAUCUGAAGGCCGUUGGCCACAGUUGCUAAUUUUCCCAGAAGGAACAUGCACAAACAGAUCAUGUCUUAUUACUUUUAAACCAGGUGCUUUCUCACCAGGAGUUCCUGUUCAGCCAGUGCUUAUCAGAUACCCAAAUAAACUGGACACAGUAACAUGGACAUGGCAAGGUCCUACAUUCCGGACCCUGGUUCUCCUCACGCUGUGUCAGCUCUAUACAACUGUGCAAGUUGAGUUUCUUCCUCCAUAUAUUCCCACUGAAGAAGAGAAAAAUAACGGCAUGAAAUUUGCACAGUCUGUAAGGAGUAAAAUGGCAGAGGCUCUGGGCGUCCCUAUAACAGAUCACACUUUUGAGGACUGUCGACUGAUGAUCUCAGCAGGGCAGCUGACUCUGCCCAUGGAAGCGGGCCUAGUAGAGUUCACUAAGAUCAGCAAAAAGCUUAAUCUGAAAUGGGACAGCAUGCAGAAGGAUCUGGAGAAUUUUGCUACCAUCGCCCAAUCAUGCAAAGGAGGACGAAUCAGGAUUGAAGAGUUUGCUAGUUUUCUAAAGCUACCUGUCAGCCCUUUGCUUCUGGAGCUCUUUUCUCUUUUUGACAGGAAUGGGGAUGGCACUAUUGAUUUCAGAGAAUAUGUAAUUGGAAUGACAGUGUUGUGUCGGCCAGCAAACACAGAAGAAGUGAUCCAGACAGCAUUCAAGCUUUUCGAUAUAGACGAGGACAACAUCAUUACACGAGAUGAAUUUACUAGUAUGCUGCGCUCCACUCUUGGCGUGUCUGAUCUCGAUGUCACCACACUGUUCAAUGAAAUUGAUAUUGAUGGAUCAGACCAUAUUACAUAUGAUGAGUUUUUGUCCUUUGCUUACACCCACCCCGAGUACGCUAAACUCUUCACAACAUACAUUGAACUCCAGCGUUACCAGUGCCUACAAGGAGAAGGACCAAUCUCAGGUCUCACUUCCUCCUGUAUAAUUUCCCCGAGUGAGCAACAGGAAGACAAGAAAGAUGACUAAGCACCUUACUUAUAUGAAACGCAAAGCCAAAUUGAUUACACUGUGAGGCAAACAGUGUGGCAAAUUUCUGCUAGAAAUCAAUGGUUACUUUGUUGAUUUGAAACACAGCCAUUGCAUCAUGUUGAAAUCUUGUGACUCCCAUGUGCCUUAGAGCAAAUAUAGUGGAUUUGCAAUGGAUUAGUAUGUAUAUAUAUAUAUAUAUAUAUAUAUAUAUAUAUAUAUAUAUAUAUAUAUAUAUAUAUAUAUAUAUAUAUAUAUAUUGCAUAAAGAAAGCAUGUAUUUUACAAGGUUUACUGCUUUAAAUAAUUGUGUCCUGAACACUGCAAAACCAGUUAUUAUAUGAUCAUUUUGUACAGUCAAGUGCAAAUGUUUGUAUACCCAAAAUAAAGACAUUUUAUUCAGA